AGCCCUAGUCCCCCUCUCCCUCCCAAUAACCAAAACAGAAGCCCUAGUUCGAAACUCAUCACCCGCACCACACGUCCAUUUUCAUCGCCCACUCCCACCGCUGCAGGGAAGAAUCGUCGCCGUCGUAAUAUUGCAGGGACCGUCGCCUUCGCCGCCGCACUGCUGGAACCACCACUCUGUCCCACUGCUGCUACCACCCUUUUCGGCGCCGCACUGCUUGAUUUCGAUCAACAGGCGCAGUCACCCAUUUCAAAGAAAAAAUGGGGUUCAAUAUGCAGUCAUACGGGAUCCAAUCGAUGCUGAAGGAAGGCCACAAACAUCUCUCUGGUCUUGAUGAAGCCGUUAUAAAAAACAUCGAUGCCUGCAAACAACUUUCCACUAUCACCCGAACCUCGCUCGGUCCUAAUGGCAUGAAUAAGAUGGUUAUUAAUCAUUUGGACAAGCUUUUUGUCACGAAUGACGCCGCUACAAUUGUGAAUGAGCUUGAAGUUCAGCAUCCUGCUGCCAAGAUUUUGGUUUUGGCUGGGAAGGCUCAACAGGAGGAAAUUGGGGACGGGGCGAAUUUGACUAUUUCAUUUGCCGGGGAGUUGCUGCAGGGCGCUGAGGAGCUUAUCAGGAUGGGUUUGCACCCGAGCGAGAUCAUCAGUGGAUAUACCAAAGCUAUCGCUAAGACUAUUGAAAUAUUGGACGAGCUUGUGGAGAAAGGUUCAGAGAGUAUGGAUGUCCGUGAUAAGGUUCAAGUUAUUUCUCGAAUGAGAGCUGCUGUUGCUAGCAAACAAUUUGGUCAAGAAGAUACCAUAUGCUCCCUUGUUGCUGAUGCAUGCAUCCAAGUGUGCCCAAAAAACCCUGCAAACUUUAAUGUGGACAAUGUUCGUGUUGCGAAGCUCUUGGGAGGAGGAUUGCAUAACAGCACAGUUGUUAGGGGAAUGGUUUUGAAAAGUGAUGCUGUUGGUUCUAUAAAGAGAAUAGAAAAGGCAAAGGUUGCUGUUUUUGUUAGUGGUGUUGAUACAUCUGCAACUGAUACUAAAGGAACUGUCCUCAUUCACUCAGCUGAGCAGCUAGAAAAUUAUUCAAAAACUGAAGAGGCUAAAGUAGAGGAGCUCAUCAAGGCAGUGGCUGAUUCUGGUGCCAAAGUGAUUGUAAGUGGAGGAGCAGUAGGAGAGAUGGCUUUGCAUUUUUGUGAGCGUUACAAGCUUAUGGUUCUGAAAAUCAGUUCUAAGUUUGAACUGCGACGAUUUUGCCGGACAACUGGUGCUGUGGCUGUGCUGAAACUUAGCCAACCAAACCCAGAUGAUCUUGGAUAUGUUGAUUCUGUUUCAGUUGAGGAAGUUGGUGGUGUAACGGUGACCAUUGUGAAAAAUGAAGAAGGUGGAAAUUCUGUGUCCACUGUUGUCUUACGGGGAAGUACUGAUAGUAUACUGGAUGAUCUUGAAAGGGCAGUUGAUGAUGGAGUGAACACAUACAAGGCCAUGUGCAAGGAUAGCCGAACUGUGCCUGGAGCUGCAGCAACCGAAAUUGAACUAGCAAAGAGGGUGAAAGACUUUUCCUUCAAGGAGACAGGAUUGGAUCAGUAUGCCAUAGCCAAAUUUGCUGAAAGUUUUGAAAUGAUUCCUAGAACAUUGGCUGAGAAUGCUGGGCUAAAUGCAAUGGAAAUUAUAUCUUCUCUGUAUGCUGAACAUGCCUCAGGAAAUACUAAAGUUGGCAUUGAUUUGGAAGAGGGUGUUUGUAAGGAUGUCACGACCACACAUGUUUGGGAUCUCCAUGUGACUAAGUUCUUUGCUCUUAAAUAUGCUGCUGAUGCUGUAUGCACCGUACUACGGGUGGACCAGAUUAUAAUGUCUAAACCAGCUGGGGGCCCCAGGAGAGGAGACAAACCUGCUGGCAUGGAUGAAGAUUAGUUAUGUGAGAGUUGACUGUUGCUUUGGUCAUGUUUGUUUCUCAACAUGAUGUCCUAAACUUUGCUACCUGGCUUAGGUAUCUUGUUUUGUUUCAGUAAUGGGAUCCUACAUUUUAUGUUUUAAUUGUUGAUUUUAACUGGGUUACAAAGAGACGUGAUCUGUAAAUUUUGUUAGUACGCUUUCGAGACUGGUGGUUUUCAUGUGUGAGUGAGCAUUAUUGCUGCUCUAAGCCCUUUUGCGGGUUUUUCUUUUCUUUUUUUAAUUUUGUUGGGUUUAUUAUUUCUUCAAUGUUUUGACUAACUUAUCUUGUAUGCCAUGAACUGUAGUGUUAUAACUUGAUUAUGAAAGCCGCUAGAAUUGUUAUAA